GCUACAACUUGCGUAAAUAGCCGGUGAUAGCGAGGCGGCGUGCAUACCUGCCUCAUCUGCCGCCACGGGCACAUUCAACUUCAUCAGAGAUCUCCGGAGACCUCCCUAUUGUGGCCAAGAUGGUGUUUACUGAGACAGCUUUGUUAGUCAUAAUUGCGGGGUUUGUUGCUUCUCUGCCUCCACUAAGAGUUCCAUUUUCUACUCCCAAGUUGUCAGAGGACCGCCAAGUAGCACCAGCAGAGCUCCUGAAGGCAUUUGGUAUGUCUGAGCCUGGAGUGCGCAGAUGGUAUAAUGAGCCACCACAGUACAUGCUUGACCUCUAUAAUGAAGUAGCAGACUCCAGCGGACUUACGCGCCUCCCUGGGCCCUAUGGCGCCACAAUCGUCAGAGCCUUCUCAGAGAAAGAUAGAAGCCGAGACUCGCUCUUCUCGUUUUCCGUGACCGGACUUGGGGCAAAUGAGCACGUGUUGGAAGUCGAGUUUCACGUUCAUUACUCACGGCUUCCAAAGGCAGAGAGGCACUUGCUGGAAGAUAACAUUUACAUGAUGGAAGUUGAGAGGGUGAGUGAGAUGGGCUCCCAGGCACUGGUGAAAGAACACGUGGCAGCACACAGUAGUGGAUGGCGAGUUUUUAAAGUGGGUGGUGAUGUGGUGAACCGCGAUUCUGGUAGUGGUUUAAUUGAGUCCAGUGGUGGUAUAGUGGGUGCCAGUGGUGGUGUGGUGGACCCAAGUGGUGGUGUGGUGGGCCCUAGUGCGACGAGUGACCAAGACCAGAUAAGAGUGACCCUUCAAGUGACAGCAACAACCUUGGCGGGACAUCCCUUGCCACUCACGCUGCACCAUGGAUCCCAUGGAACGCACCAACCUCUGCUUGUCCUCUUCACUUCCCACCCUGACGGCAACAACACGAUUACAACACCACUUCCUAUCCCAGAGGUGAGGAAAACAUUCGAGAGCCCCUCAGCCAACCGCGUCCGCCGCUCGCUGGAUGAAGACCGCGUCCCUCGUAUUCCCUCUGGGUGUGAGCGGAGAGACAUGUACGUGGAUUUUGACGCCAUCGGCUGGUCGUCAUGGAUCGUGUACCCCAAGAGUUACAAUGCAUAUCAAUGCACCGGGCAGUGUAGUUUUCCACUAGGCCAAAAUCUUAAUCCGACUAAUCACGCCACAGUACAAAGCAUUAUUCACCACAGCGGCGAGUUUCCUGAGGUCCAGCGGCCCUGUUGCGUCCCGUCGGCAUAUGGUAAUCUUUCUCUCCUCUUCUACGAUGCCGAAGAAAAUGUUGUCCUUAAGCAGUAUAAUCAGAUGGUUGCCAUGCAGUGUGGAUGUCAUUAGUCACUCACUCUAUGGUCUUAUUACCAGUGUGUACUGGAAUUCUGGAGUCCUGUUAAGCAUGGACGCAAAGUAUACAAUGAAAAGAAACAUUAAAUAUCCGUCUGAAGCAGGAUAUCGUCUUAUACUAUAAUGCUGUGAUAUCUCAACCACGGCGACGUAUUCAACGAUAAGGUUUAUUUGUAAAAUUAAACUACAGUGAGCAUUAGCAAAAAACACAUAAAACAUGCCUGAUAUUUUACUAAAUAUUUUGUGCAUUAUGUCAAACACCUAUCAUCUAGAUCAGUUGACAGAUUUUGCGCAAAAUAGCAGGUUGAUUCAAUUUAUUUAUUUGUAUUUGUUGCUAUAUCUUAUAACGUUAAAUAUAUUAUAUUAUAAAUUAUCCGAAUAAGACAUUAAAAUUUAAACUAUAAAUAUAUUUACCAUAUAAAAAGUAACGAACACAACAUACUUAAAAAUUUAUAUUCACUAUGGUAUGUAAAAGUGCAAUAAUGCCGAAAGUUGUAUACGCGCACGCACGCACACAAUAAAUAAAUGGUUUAUAUAUAUAUAU